AUGUACGGCAUCCAAGAACAUCUGGGAAGGGACGGCAACGGAGGUAAAGAGCAAGCUUUUGGGGAAGAUAUGGAUCCCGUCCGGUCAUGGGUACGGAAUGUUGGAGUUGUGGAUGCCAACGUAGCCGCGCAAAGUGGAGUGGCUCUGGCACGAGCUCACUUUGAGAAGCAGCCCCCAUCCAACCUGCGCAAGUCCAACUUCUUCCACUUUGUGCUUGCACUUUAUGACCGUCACGGCCAGCCAGUUGAGGUGGAGAGGACCGCCUUCGUGGACUUUGUGGAGCAUGACAAGGAGCAGACGGGAGAAAAAACGAAUAACGGUACUCACUAUAAACUCCAGCUGCUCUACAGUAACGGUGUACGGACAGAACAGGACCUGUAUGCUCGUCUCAUCGACUCUGUCACCAAACAGCCCAUAUCAUAUGAAGGACAGAAUAAGAACCCUGAGAUGUGUCGUGUUUUACUGACUCAUGAGGUUAUGUGCAGCCGCUGUUGUGAGAAGAAGAGUUGUGGGAACCGCAAUGAGACACCAUCUGAUCCAGUCAUCAUUGACAGGUUUUUCUUGAAGUUUUUUCUCAAAUGCAACCAGAAUUGUCUGAAGACUGCUGGGAACCCAAGAGAUAUGAGAAGGUUCCAGGUGGUUCUGUCCAGUACCGUGUCUGUGGAUGGGCCUGUUCUGGCUGUGUCUGACAACAUGUUUGUUCACAAUAACUCUAAACACGGGCGCCGUGCCCGUAGGCUGGAGCCUGGGGAGACUGUGGAAACCAGUAUGGAAUACGCCACACCCUGUAUCAAAGCCAUCAGCCCCAGUGAGGGUUGGACCACAGGGGGCGCUAUGGUCAUCGUCAUCGGGGAGAACUUCUUUGAUGGCUUGCAGGUUGUGUUUGGCAGCAUGCUGGUGUGGAGUGAGCUGAUCACCCCUCACGCCAUCCGUGUUCAGACGCCUCCUCGACACAUCCCUGGGGUUGUAGAGGUCACACUGUCCUACAAAUCAAAGCAAUUCUGCAAAGGAGCGCCAGGUCGAUUCAUCUAUACUGCACUGAAUGAGCCCACUAUAGAUUACGGCUUCCAGAGGCUUCAAAAGGUCAUCCCCAGACACCCUGGUGACCCAGAAAAAUUGGCAAAGGAGAUGCUGUUGAAAAGAGCAGCAGAUCUGGUUGAAGCAUUAUAUGCCAACACUCACAGUAAUCAGGACAUGCUGCUGAAGCGGGCGGCUGACAUUGCUGAGGCCCUGUACAGUGUGCCUCGCCCACACAGUCAGCUUCAGGCUCUGCCAAGCUCCCCCGUCCACGGCAGUGUAAUGGGCUUGAGCUCUUACCCCUCCCAGCUGGGCGUCAGCAUCGGCGAGCCAGGACAGACCAGCGGCCAAGGGUACAUUCGUAACUCCAGCAGCCUGUCUCCACGGGGCUACCCCUCUGCCUCCACCCCCCAGCAGUCAGGCUAUGGGGGCGGUGGGGGUAUGAGUGGGAGCUAUGGAGCUGUGCCAAUGAGCAGUCUGGGAGUACCAGGGUCCCCUGGUUUUAGCAGUGCUUCCCCUAACAGCUCUCCCUAUGCCAUCAUGCCCUCCAGUCCUACCAUCCCAGGCUCCAGCUCCUCCACCCCUCUGCUGCCCUUCUCCUCCUUCCCCUCCUCGGCCAAGCAGAAGAGCGCCUUCGCCCCUGUCCUGAGGCCCCAGGGCUCCCCCUCCCCUGCCUGCCCCUCUUCAGGAGGCAACAGUUUCAGAGCGAUGACUGGACUCGUGGUUCCCCCAAUGUAG